GAGAACCGGGGAGGAGAGGCCCGCACACCGGCCGCAGCAGCAGCGAUAUGGGGCCGGAGGAGAGGAUGUGGUUCCCGGCGGACAGUAUUGAGGGGACACCGGCCGAGUUUCCGGUAACUGAUGCCGGCAGACACGCUGGCUCUGGUCGGGUACAGCAGCUCCGAGGACGAGGGGGAGGAACGUGCGGAGCCCCCUGGCGGGUGUGUGUGAUGCGGACACAGCCCCUGCCAGUCCCACAGAGUGUAUUACACCUGUUCCAAGACUCAGCCGAUGCCCAGUACUGCGAUGAUGUCAGCAAACAUGGAGGACGGCUGCGCAGCUUCCAGCAUGAGCAGGGAAACUGGGCGACUUAUGUCUAUGUACCAUAUCGCCCCGAUGAGGAGUUCUGUGAGAUGCUGGAAGAUCUGGUGUCUUUGGCUCGAAAAAACGGCGUUGUGCUGUCCAAGAUGAACGAGUUUCAUAUCAGCCAAUCACAGACUGUUGUCUUGCGACACCACUGGAUUGAUCCUUUUGUGCAGUCGCUCAGAGAAAGGCUAAGAUCCAUGAAUCGGUUCCUGUGUGUCGCUGAUCGGCUGAGGGCUUAUACUAACCAGGAGAAGACAAGAACCUUUCUGGGGCUGGAAGUGACUAUUGGGAAGGAGCAGCUCCUGGAGGUGGUCUCAGAAGUGGACAAGUCACUGCAGGAGUUUAAUCUGGAGACUUUCUACCAGAAUCCCUCGUUCCACGUGAGCCUGGCCUGGUGUUUGGGGGACUCGGUGGAGCGGUUACAGGGAGCCUGCCUGAAGGAGCUACAGGGCGUAGUGGACGCGUGUGAGGACUCUGAGCUCCUGACUCGAUUCUAUGCAGAUGAAAUUCGCUGUAAGUCCGGGAAUAAGGUCUUUUCCAUCCCCCUGCAGUGACAGGCUGGAGGACGGCCGUACAACAUGGCACAGGACGCAGCUGGGACAGAUCCGCAUGUGAUUAUCUGUUGUGCAGAUGUGAUAUAGUGCUAGAACAGCCUUAGUCUCAUCAGGUAACCCUAGGGCACAGGUUCUCAAACUCGGUCCUAAGGACCCCACACAGUGCAUGUUUUGCAGGUCUCCUCACAGAAUCACAAGUGAAAUAGUUUGCUCCUCCUGCGGACCUUUUAAAAUGUGUCCGUGAGUAAUUAAUACACCUGUGCACCUGCUGGGUUACCUGCAAAACAUGUCGUGGGUGGAGUCCUGAGGACCAAGUUUGAGAACCUGUGCCCUAGGGCAAUCUACUGGACUUUGUGAGGAACCCAUAUGCUUGUUGCACACCAUUUCUCCCCCCAAAAAAACCAAACACCCCUAUGCAGGAGGCUGUACACCACCCAUCAAAGUUCAGUGCUGUUCAUUAUUUUACAGCUUAUCGGUCUAAUGUAGACUGUUGGUCUAGAUCAGGCAUUCCCAACCACGGUCCUCAAGGCACACUAGCAGUGGCAGUUUUAGUGAUAUCCAGGCUUCAGCACAGGUGACUUAAUUAGUAGCUCAGUUAUUUUGAUUUAACCAUCUGUGCUGCAUCCUGGAUAUCACUAAAACCUGCACUGUUGGUGUGCUUUGAGGACCGUGGUUGGGAAUGCCUGGUCUAGAUGCUAAAGAUCUCUUUACCUCUGAGAAUUAACCUUUCAAUAUGCCAAUUCUUCUGGCUCUGUAUUAAGUGAUUUAUGCACUUUAUUAAGCUACCUUUAUCACGUUUCGUUUGGGCAUCGGAUAUUGUACCCCUGAAGAAGUCCUUUGGGACGAAACGCGUUGGCCUCUUCUAUUUCACCUAUAUGGUAUAUGCUGUACUUAUGACAACAAAAAACAGGAGUAAACAGAGUGAUCGUCAACUCAAAAAAUUCUAGAGUAACUCUGUGAUAUUGUACAGAUGCUUUUAUUAUACUGUAAGAGAAUUUUGUUUUACGAUUGUGAAUAAAUUUUUAUGACAAA